AGGGCGGUUAUACUUUCGCUUUGAUAAUUUCUGAAAAAAGAAAACUUAUGUUGUUGCUAAAGUUUUAACCCUGGAAAAAUACUAACAGAAAUAAAGAGGAAUAGUUGUGCAAUAUGAAGUGCUCUAAAAGCACAUGUGGUGCUGUGGGGCAGGGAAAGUUUUGUCAUGAGUGUGGGUCAAAGAUGAUUGAAGAAGUUAAAACAGAUACUGUUGUUAUAUGCAAUGGCAGACAAGACAAUGGAGACCCUUGUCAGUCAGAGCUUGUGAAGGGACUCAAAUUUUGUCCUAAUUGUGGAACAAAAGUUGACCAGUCAUUAUUUUAUCUUCAAGAGGAAAGAUGCAGUAAAUGUAGCCAUAUCCUACUAACAGGGAUGUCAUUCUGUACUGAAUGUGGUCAUAGAAAAAAUGUUACAACAGGUAAACCAAUUACUGUUGAGAAGGUCGGAGAAACAGAUAAUAGGGGUAGUGAUAGAAUGGAGUCUAUUUCUAGUUCAAAAGACGAGAAUGCAAAUCAGUCAACAGCUUUAGGACAGGAUGUUUUGGAUAAGGAAGGAUCAUCUGAUAAGGAAAAUGCCCAAUGAAAGGUUAGCAGAGGAACCCAUGUCAAUAGAGAUUAUUGAAAUGGAAACUGAUGCAAAUCAUCAGACCUCUAAUGGUGGAAAUUUGAAACAAAGAGCAUUCAG